AUGGACGACAAAGUUGAAUCAGUGCCUUACCAUGGCCGCAGGCACUCCACAGAACGGCAAUCACUUGAACGAAUAGGAAGCCAAAACAAGGAGACUGAAGCGAAUAUAUUUCCAGGACCCGAAGCUGAAGUAGAGGCAGACCUCGAGAACGCUGGAGUGAUUCCCAGGUCCGUUGUAGCUCCUGGAGGUGUGAACCCAGCCGACUUCCCCGACGGGGGCCUCGAAGCAUGGCUUGUUGUUUUGGGGAGCUUUUGUUGCUUGUUUGUCAGUUUUGGGUGGAUCAACUGCAUUGGUGUCUUUCAAGAUUACUACCAGGAGCACUUACUUACGGGGUACUCAUCAAGUACGAUAUCUUGGAUACCAUCUUUAGAGUUGUUCAUGAUGUUCUUUGGCGGCCCGUUCUUCGGCAAGACUUUCGAUAACUUCGGGCCCCAAGGUCUCUUAGCUGUGGGCUCUGUUCUCCAUGUCCUGGGUCUAAUGAUGGCCUCGUUAGGAACACAGUACUACCAGUUCCUGCUCGCACAGGGAGUUUGCAGUGCUCUUGGUGCGAGUGCUAUCUUCUUCACCGCCAUGAGUUCUACAGCCACAUGGUUCUUCAAGAAGCGAGCUACGGCUUUGGGCAUAAUUGCAUCGGGAUCAUCACUAGGCGGAGUGAUCUUUCCCAUCAUGGUUUCCAAGCUCAUUCCACAGAUCGGCUAUCCCUGGACCAUGAGGGCUGCUGCAUUCACGAUCUUGGGCAUGCUCGUCGUUGCCAAUUUAACAGUGAAGUCAAGAUUGACCCCUCGACGAAAGAGAGUCGAUGUUAUGGAAUUCGUACGUCCUCUGAAAGAGCCAGCGUUUGGUAUUCUUUGCGUGGCCGCAUUUUUGUUCUUCUUCGGGACAUUCUUACCCUUCAACUAUGUGAUCCUCCAGGCUCAAAGCCAUGGCAUGUCAACCAACAUGGCCAUAUAUUUGAUUCCAAUUUUGAACGCUGCCUCUAUUUUUGGUCGCAUCGUUCCUGGAAUCGUCGCUGAUAAGGUCGGUCGUUUCAACGUUAUGAUAAUCACCACCGCCUUCUCCACCAUAAUUGUCUUAGGAUUAUGGCUUCCUUCCGCAUCAAACGCACCAAUAAUUGUCUUCUGCGUCCUCUACGGUUUCUCCUCCGGAGCUUUCGUCUCCAUGCUCCCAUCGAUAGUUGCCCAAAUAUCACCUAUCAGAGAAAUUGGAGUCCGUAACGGAACGAUAUUUUUUUGUGUCGCGUUUGCUGGGUUGACUGGAAAUCCAAUUGGAGGGGCCCUGCUUGCGAAUGAUCAUGGGAAUUUUCUAUAUAUGCAGAUCUUCUGCGGUGUUACAAUGGCGGCUGGGACGUGUACGUUUAUUGCAGCUAGAUGGGUACAGUGCGGGUUCCAGUUGAAGGUUAUAUAA